GUGUGUGUGUGUGUGUGUGUGUGUGAUUAGGUGUCUGCAGUUCUAAUAAAGGAAAGUGUCCUUCGUUGCUUCAUCAGAUGGCUUUGCUCUGCUUUGUCCGCCUGUCAGGUCCCGCCCGGCUCGUCCCGGAUGUCCCUCAGCUUCUGGACCACUUGGAGACCAUGACAGCGUCCACAACCAUCUUUUUGGAGUGUGUGUGUGUUUAAAUGAGUGGUGAAAAAGUUUGUGGUUAGUUGCAUGUUGUUUUAAGUGGGACUGUGUGUGUGUUUGUGUGUGUGUGUGUGUGUGGUGGUCCAUGCCAGUGAAAAUGCUGGGGUGUCCGGCGAGGUUAUUUUUGGAUCACUGACAGCGUGUCAAUGGCUGCAGAUGCGUCGCAAAGGAAGGCUCUGAGGUACCAACAGACCUUGCUGUACGGGGAGUACAGGGAGCAGCUGGGGAACUUCGCCCGGCGGGAGGCCGCCCGCUUGCUGACGGAGAGACAAUGGCGGAGACAGGCCGGAGAGAACAACGCCGCAACUCGCAAAGGGUCCGGGCGGCGGACUCAUCACCAUCAGCAUCAUCCCGUCUCCUUGGAGUCACAUCCCAGUCACGCCUCAUCCACCAAGAAGCCACGCCCCUACUCCAAAUGUCAAGACUCCUUCAUUUCCGCCCCAGAUUGUUUGGCUCGUGUGCGGCGGUACAUCGUGAACAAGAUGGGAGAGGAUUGGAUCUUUCUGGUCCUCCUGGGUCUGACCAUGGCCCUGGUCAGCUGGAGCAUGGACUACGCCAGCGCCAAAAGCUUGCAAGCCUACAAGUGGAUACACGGGGAGCUAAAGGGCAACGUGGCGCUGCAGUACUUGGCCUGGAUUAGCUAUCCCAUGAUCCUUGUCACGUUCGCAUCGCUUUUCUGCCACCUGGUUUCCCCGCAGGCCAUUGGUUCCGGUAUUCCUGAGCUUAAAACCAUCCUGAGGGGGGUGGUCUUGAAGGAGUAUCUGACCCUGAAGGCCUUCGUGGCCAAGGUCAUAGGGCUGACGGCAGGUCUGGGCAGCGGGAUGCCGGUGGGCAAAGAGGGUCCAUUCGUCCACAUCGCCAGUAUUUGUGCCGCAGUCCUCAGUCGCUUCAUGUCCAUCUUCUCUGGCGUCUAUGAGAACCCUUACGGUUACACAGAUAUUCUGACUGUUGGCUGUGCCGUCGGGGUGGGAUGCUGUUUCGGCACUCCACUGGGAGGGGUGUUGUUCAGUAUUGAGGUCACGUCUACCUACUUUGCAGUGAGGAAUUACUGGCGGGGAUAUUUCGCCGCCACGUUCAGCGCCUUCAUAUUCAGGGUGCUCUCGGUUUGGAACAAGGAUGCUGUCACAAUCACUGCUCUCUUCAAAACCAACUUCCGCAUGGAUUUCCCCUUUGACCUGCAAGAGCUGCCAGCAUUUGCAGUAAUAGGAAUCUCAUGCGGCUUCCUCGGAGCGUUCUUUGUCUACCUGAACAGACAGGUGGUUCUGUUCAUGAGGAGGCCCACGGCCCUCACGCGCUUUCUGACGAAACAUCGGCUGAUCUAUCCAGGUGCAGUCACACUGAUCAUCGCCACCUUCACCUUUCCUCCUGGAUUUGGACAGUUUAUGGCAGGCGAACUAAUGCCCAGAGAGUGUAUCAACUCACUAUUUGACAACUUCACCUGGACCAAAAUCACACCGUCCGCCCCUCCUGCCGGGCUUGGACGCUCGGCCGUUUGGCUUCACCCUCAAGUCAGCGUCUUUGUCAUCCUGCUUCUCUUCCUGGUCAUGAAGUUCUGGAUGUCAGCGCUUUCCACAACCAUGCCCAUCCCCUCAGGCGCCUUCAUGCCAGUAUUUAUAUUAGGAGCCGCUUUUGGUCGCCUCGUAGGGGAGAUCAUGGCUACUCUGUUCCCAAACGGAAUCCUAUUUGAUGGCAUUGUGUAUCGCAUCCUGCCAGGAGGUUACGCCGUCAUUGGUGCGGCGGCCAUGACGGGUGCCGUUACUCAUACAGUUUCCACCGCAGUGAUCUGCUUUGAGCUGACGGGUCAGAUCUCCCACAUUCUCCCCAUGAUGGUGGCGGUCAUUCUGGCCAACAUGGUGGCUCAGGGUCUGCAGCCCUCGCUCUACGACUCCAUCAUCCAGGUGAAGAAGCUGCCCUACCUGCCUGAGCUGGCCCUCGGGCACAUCAGCAAAUACAACAUAUUUGUGGAGGACAUCAUGGUGCGCAAGGUCAAGUUCUUGUCGUCUCACUCCACCUAUCGGGAACUGAAUCACCUGCUGGAGACAACCACGCUGAAGACCAUCCCCCUGGUUGACUCCAAAGAAUCCAUGAUUCUCCUGGGUUCCAUCGAGAGGACGGAGCUUCAAGCCGUCAUGGACUGGUAUCUGUCGGCAGCCAGACGGGUCUUUGAGACAGGUCAAAGUUCACCGGGCCAAGACUCCAAAAUGAGCUGGGAGUCGUUCACCUUCGUAGACGAGGAGGGCGGCGAAGAGGGAGUGGAUAAGAGUGGACCGGUCCAAGAUGAAUGUAACGGUCCUAUCCCGACUCCUAAACUUCAGGAGACCUCCAGUAAUCACACAAGCUCAGACAAGCGCAAACCUUCUGUCAGGAACGCUCUUCAGAGACUCUUCUCCUCUUCAUCAUCCACAGGACAGACUGACACACAGGACACAGCGCCCCCUACUUUAACUGACACUAUGUCCCCAGAGGAGAUCAAAGCAUGGGAAGAGGGCGAGAUGGACAAGCCAAUGGACAUGGAGCAGAUACGCAUUGACCCCUCCCCUUUUCAGCUGGUGGAAAGAACAUCUUUGCACAAGACCCACACACUCUUCUCUCUGCUGGGUCUCAGUCACGCCUACGUCACCAGCAUUGGCAAACUGGUGGGUGUGGUCGCACUGAAAGAGUUACAAAAAGCCAUCGAGGGCUCCACUCGGAGCGGCGUGCGCCUCCGUCCGCCAUUGGCCAGCUUCCGGGACGCCAGCAGGAAAUCCAAGAAACACCAACCUCCCUCCUCCACCCCGUCUUCCCCCACGUGGGACAGGGACCUUUGGGGCGAGGGUAGCAGAAGGGACGGGGAACAGGCCAGGAAGGAGUCCAAGGAGGACUCCCAGGGAGGGAUGUCCGCCUGUCACCCUCCUUCCUCGCCCGGCAGCACAAGGAGCGCUGAAGGUGGAGGCAGCGACUCAGCCAGCACACACAAGCCGGUGUCCCCUUCCACAUCCUCUCCCGCCUCAGCAUCACCCACUGACUCUCCGGGCUCACCCGUCAGCCCAGUCCUCACACUGUCCUCCCUGCCCGAGAGACAGGAGAGCGAAGAGUCGGACGAGCCCAUCUAGGACUGACAAACUUUGUGCUGGGUGAUGUUCUUCAAACUUUUCUACUUUUUUUUUCGCCUCUACAAAUCUCAGGUGCCUUCCUGUGUCUGACAAACUUUUGACUUCUUCACCUUCACCUCUGUCCAUCUAUAAGAUGAUACAGUGUAUCAACGUCUACUUAUUUCCUCCAGAAACCUCAAUGAAAGACUGACAGACAUGAUGAUGGAAUAAUCUAUUGUUGAUAACUUAAUAACACUGACCUUCAGGAGGCAUUUAAUGGUAAUUCAAAUUAAUUAUCUAAAAUCACUUAAAAAAGAUCUGUAAUUUGUAAGGAUAAUAAAUGAUUAUUAUUUAUUUUGCUAAUACAACUGUUUUGUGAAAAUAAAUGUACUACAUGUGUA